CGAGGCUAUUUAAUGGUAGAUUCAUUCACAACUGCCGAAGACUUUGUUAGAGAAGCAAAUUGAAAAGAUGGAUAGUGCAACGGCGUCCAGAGAAAAGGCCCUUUCUGAUUACAGGAAAAAGCUCAGUGAGCAUCGAGAGGUGGAAGCUAGACUGAAAGAAAUGAGAGAGAAGUUGAGAUAUCUUAGCAAAAAUUAUGAUAAAUCUGAAAAUGACCUUAAAGCAUUACAAAGUGUUGGACAGAUUGUGGGCGAAGUAUUGAAACAGCUAACAGAGGAAAAAUACAUUGUAAAGGCAACUAAUGGACCUAGAUAUGUUGUUGGAAUAAGGAGAGGGAUUGACAAAGGAAAGCUAAAACAAGGUACAAGGGUUGCACUUGAUAUGACAACCCUCACUAUAAUGAGGAGACUUCCACGUGAAGUUGACCCAUUAGUUUACAAUAUGUCACAUGAAGACCCUGGUAAUGUCACUUAUGCUGAAAUUGGUGGACUCAAUGAACAGAUCCGAGAACUCAGAGAGGUCAUCGAGCUGCCAUUGAUAAAUCCAGAGUUGUUUAACAGAGUUGGAAUACAGCCACCAAAAGGAUGUUUGUUGUAUGGACCACCAGGAACUGGUAAAACUCUGCUAGCUCGAGCUGUUGCAAGCCAACUUGACUGCAAUUUCUUGAAGGUUGUAUCAAGUGCCAUUGUAGACAAAUACAUCGGUGAAAGUGCAAGAUUGAUUCGUGAAAUGUUUGCAUACGCAAGGGACCAUCAGCCAUGCAUUAUUUUCAUGGAUGAAAUUGAUGCUAUUGGAGGAAGACGGUUUUCUGAGGGUACAUCUGCAGAUAGAGAAAUUCAACGAACGCUCAUGGAGCUCCUGAAUCAAAUGGAUGGAUUCGAUGCUUUAGGAAAGGUGAAAAUGAUAAUGGCCACAAACAGGCCUGAUACACUAGAUCCUGCCUUGCUUAGGCCCGGAAGACUAGAUCGCAAGAUCCACAUUGAACUCCCGAAUGAGCAAGGACGGAUGGAUAUCUUGAAGAUUCAUGCACUGAACAUAACAAAGCACGGAGAAAUUGACUACGAGGCGAUAGUGAAGCUUUCUGAUGGUUUUAAUGGUGCUGAUCUCCGAAAUGUUUGCACUGAAGCAGGAAUGUUUGCUAUUCGGGCAGAACGUGAUUAUGUUGUCCAAGAAGAUUUCAUGAAGGCAGUUCGCAAAGUUGCCGAGAAUAAGAAGCUUGAAUCGAAGCUGGACUACAAGCCUGUUUAGAAACUGAAGAACACUUGUUAGUUUAGAAACUUCAAAACGAAUAAUUAGACACUUUAAUAUGACUGUUUCCUUUAAAAA